AUGGGAGCCUGCAACGUCCACUGGGUGCGUGCCGCGCUACGGCUCUUCUCCUGUGAUGAGGAGUCGCUCCUGUCUUCUCGGUUUCCGUGCCGCAAGCGCCGCCGCGCCUUGGAGGGGUCGCUCCCGGGAAGGCUGCCCUUGGGGAAUCUUCCACCAGAGGUUCUGCAUGCCGUGGUCCUCUGCUUCCGGAGAGGCGACCUCCAAAGCCUCGCCAUUUGCGCUGCCGUGAGCCGGACCUUCUUAGGCCUCUGCGAACCGCUACUGCGGCGCUUCUUUGUUUGCCGGGGCUGUGGCUGCCAUCUCCUGCAUCCCAAGCAGCUAGCCACACGCAUGGCGUCCAGCGGAGUUUUCGAAGACGGGCCGGCGCUCGUCCUGUCUCACUCAGGCAGCCUCCCGGAGAUUGCGGAGGUGCCCUGCGAUGCUGGGGUGACCGAGCCGCCACGCCAACGCGAGGUUCGGCGCCUCAUAAAAGCGUACUACAACAAAGCGCUGCCCCAGACUAGGGACUUCUGGGAGUCCAAGUUGCACAUGGCCAAAGUUUGCCAUACGCAUCGGCUCCACUGCAACAGCUGCUCGCUGUACCUAGGAUCUAAGCUGCAGCUGCUCCUGGACGCAGAAAACACUCUGCUUUUGACCACCAUUUGCGGGCCAUAUCUCCAAGAGAUGGACAAGGACGGCCCAUGCGCUGCGGAUGGUAUUGGCCUGAUCCUGCACUGCAGCGGUGCCAGACGGCAGAAGGGGCGCAUCCCGUCUCCGUGCGGGCAGGCCCUUUGUUCGGCGGACUCCGUUCUGUCCCGCCACCACUGUUGGCGACCUCCAGGAAGCAGUGUGGAGGGGGCAUGGUACAUCAACGAGUUCCUUCCUGGCAGCGUCGAUGUUGGCCAGCCCUCGCCACGCAACCUUGCGCAGGGCAGCAUGGAAACUGCCGACGUGACAUGCCGGGCGUGCGGCGGGUACGUCGGCUGGAAGUUUGCGAAGGAUCUGGAGGGCAGCCGAAACGUGCAUCAGGUAGGACGGUUCGGCCUUUGCUGCUCCUCCAUUCAGGAACUCACGGAGGCCCGCCAAGGGCAGAAGGUGCGCGGUGAGGGUGAGGAAAGCUACGACAGCGACUCAGCCACAUCUGCAGCCACAAGCUCGCUGCAGCUUGGCAGCAACAGGUACAUGAGCUCCUUUGACGAUGUCGGGCAGGUGAUCAUGGGAUGCAAGGCUGAAGAAGUUGGGCGCCGUUGGGAUCGCCGUGAGGAAGACAGCGUCCAAAGAGAGCUAGACCGCCUUUUCAAUGCUGGGCUGCACAAGCGAUGGAGGAUCCGCGUGAAGUCCAGGAAAGAGUUCUGGAACGACGAGGAGAAGCUGAAGUUCACGGCGAUAGAGAUGACGCCCAUCGACCUCCUCCAGGACGGCAAGCUCAAGUUCCAAGAGGUUUGUCAGUCACUGGCAGCCAUGGAAUCCAGGUGA